AUAUAAAAUGUGUGAUCGUGGGAGGCGGAUCGGUAGGGAAAGCAGCCAUGGUGCAACGUUUUUGUGAAGGCUCAUUCCGUACAGCGUAUUUCCCCCCAAUAUUUUACCACAGCACCGUUGAAAUGACAGUGGAUGAAAAGAAGGUCAGCCUUGACCUGAUUUCUACAUCUGGUCAAGAAGAUUAUGACAGGCUGAGGCCUCUGUCAUACCCUGGAGCUGACUGUUUCAUUCUCUGUUUCUCAUUGUGUAGCGAAGAUAGCGCAGAGGACAUCAAGGAAAAGUGGUACCCAGAAAUUCGCUAUCACUGUCCCUAUGCACCAUUCAUUCUAGUGGGCACUAAGCUAGAUGUAAGGCAAGAUAAGGAUAUGCAGGCUGGUGGUGAAAAGGUCGUGUCCAAAUCAGAAGGGGAGAAAAUCGGGAAAUCUAUCAAAGCCUACAGGUACCUAGAGUGCUCUGCCUUGACCCAAGAAGGACUAAAAGACGUUUUUGAAGAAGUGGUUAGAGCUAUUCUGUACCAAAAACCCAAGCACAAAAGUAAUUGCAAAGGAUGUGUUAUGUUAUAGUUUUGUUUUAAAUUAUUUAUUUGAUUCAUUUCUCCAACUGUUUUUAUUAAAUAGUUUUAUUUUACUUUGAACCAAAAGAUGCUGAAUUUUUUUCAGCAUUAUCUUUUAGAAUAGGCAAAUUCUAAACAUUUAAAUAAUUGGUAAAUGCUUGAAAUCUUAAACGACAUUUUAAAAAUUUGAUAUUUCUUCAUCACCCUAAAACUAAUUUUUUUUUAAUCUAAUAAAAGUUAGAUUUUUACUACCUGUUUUGCUGUGAGGGUUAUGGUCGGGAUAAGAUAAACAGUUGUAUUAGGUUGCAUUAGGUGUUUGAUACUUGUAAACAUUUUGUUUGCAUUUUAAUAAGUAAAAUAUUUUUAUUAAAAAAACAAUUAAUUUUCAGCAAAAAUAUUUUAUUGUCUUAACUGCAUGGUAUUCUGCCUACAGAAUUUACUUUUGAUUUAGUUUUUGUUUAAAUAUGUUUUAAAUAUUUAAAUACACCAACAGUAUUUAUUAUUGAAAUAUGUGUAUGAACCAAGACGAAUGCUUUUUGAAUGUUUUUGACAGACUGAAUGUAAUUGAAUGUGUAUAAAAAAAAAUUUCCACCGAGCAUUUACUCUGACUUGCCUAUUUGCCCAUGUGUAAGAUGUUUAAGCAAGCCUUAUUUUCUUUGUACUGACUGCUCUUAGGUUCACAAAUUUCAAUGUUUAUCUGGCAAACUGCUGUGUAUAUACUAUUAUAGAGUAAAACAAUUUGAUACAAAUGACUUUUUUUUCAUUAUUUGAUACAUAUAAAUUUAAUAUUUUUAAAAUUAUAAUUUCAAUCCAAUCAGACUAACUCAUAAAAUGUUUGAAUCAUUGUUUAUUGAUGAAUAGUUUCAUUAAUUUUUAUAGAGAUCUGUACUUUAUUUUAUGUAUAUAUUUUUUAAACACACCUUUAAAUUUGUAUAGCAAUUCAUAAAAGGUAAUUUUGAUGGUUAAAAACAAAAUUUAAACCAAAAAACACAAUAUUAAAAUAUGAAGGUGGAUCUUAAAAUUCACUUAAGGUAAAAUUGCCUGGGUUGAUAACCAUCUAUAUAAACACAAAAUCAAAGUGACUUACUUUAUUUUGCAUGAAUUCAAGACACUUUGGUAUGUCAACUAUGUUGCUUAUACAUGUUUAAAAUAAUUAUUUUAUUUUCCAAAUUAACAUUAAAUUUAAUUUGAGAUAAGUAAAAGUAUCACUUUUUGUGUAAAGUAUCUUGCAGGCUAAGAUUUUAUGGUCCAAACUUUCUCUAGAUAUAAAGAUGCAAUAAAUCGUGGUAUAAGUAUAAACAUGUAAGUUUACAGAUUCACUAAUGAUAAUGGUGGUUGCAAAUUCAUCAAGUCAUUCAGUCUUAGCUUGUUAUAUGGUUAGCUUCCUGUGGUAAGAUGGUCAUUCCUUGGACACUUAGGCUACUGACACCUAGGCUAAUUGGUUCUCCUGACACUUAGGCUACUGAUAUCUAGGCCAAGGAGUUCUAAUGACACCUAGGCUACUGACACCUAGGCUACUGAGUUCUUCUCUGAGCCAUUCCCUCCAACUGCCUCAGUUGUAAACCAUCUUUCUUAUGACCACCCCCUCCCCCCGUCUGGUCAGCAUGUGGUUGUCCAAAUAUGAUGUCAUACUCAUAGAGGUGAGGGGCAUUGAACUCCAGUGACAAUGUUUGUUGAGGAGCCCACUAUUAAAUACGAAAAAAAAAUCCUGUUUUUAUUUGUAAAAAAAACCCACCUAUUUAGGGAGGGUAGUGUAAAUUGUGACAUCAUUUACAGAGGCUUUUGACUUUAGUGACAAUUUGUGUGUUGCGUAUCAUAAAUUGUCACAUUAAAUAAGGGAGGCUUCUCACUUAAGUGACAAUAUUGGAUGCUGGAGAAAGAUGAGUGUUUUAAAAUACAUGACCUCAUUUAUGGGCAACCUAUAAGCCGAGUGUUUUCCAAAUGAAUAGAAUGAUCAGCGGUGCCUUCUCUAGGUUACACAAUUAUACGAUGGCCCACAAAUUUCAUCGAUUUCUUGUAUUCCUAUAAAAAAUUUACUGAGCUUCUUUUAUAGCUUUUAAUCAGAGAAUCAUAAAUCAUUUCGAAUAAGUUGUUUGCCUUGUAAAUCGUCAAAUUUAAUUUGUUAUGCAUUUAAGAUGUGAUCAAUUCAUAAAAAUACUUUUUCACAUAGUUCACUACUCUUUUUUAUGUUAACUGAUACGUUCUUUUCUUAUAUAAUUCAUCUAAAGUAUUAAUUGUGUUCACAAGAGCAUAUUGAGGACAAUUAAUCCUUGUGGAGUGAAAAGUAAAAAAGUAAAGUUCCCUUUCGAACAUGACGAUCUAUAGGGCAAAUGAAAUAAAGUUCACUUGUUUCUGUGACCUCGGCAUAUGAAGAGAUAGUGUGGUCAGCAUUAUGCGUUUAUGCCGAGCCACCUUUACUUUCCCUAACAUGAGUUAGGUACCCAUUAGAGUUGGGUGGACUCAGGGAUGGUCUACUGACUUGAACCCGGAUUCGAACUCGAGACUAACGGGUUAGCAGUCCAGCUCUCUACUGCUAGAACACUCUAUCCCAGUGGAGUUAAAUAGUGCAGAAAAUAUGGACUAGUUUAUAAGCCAUCCCUACUAAUUCAUAUCAUUAACAUCACAGAUACUUCAUCCCUAAUCUUAAGGGCUGUAGUGCUCUCAUUUACAAUAUUUACAAGUGAUUAUGGUAUGCAUGUGGUUUUUUACUAAUGAUAAGAAUUGAAAAUCUGAUGGCUGUGAAAAUGUAAAAAAAUGUGCUGCAUUGAAGAUUGUGUGGAAGAUGAAAUUAGGGUGAAACAGGAAUGUUUUUUAAUAGCGCUAAACAGUGUUUUUAGUAGAACCAAAAUGUUUUUUUCUGGGGACCAAAAUGUUUUUAAUGGAGCCAAAAUAUUUUAAAUGGGAUCAAAAUAUUUUUUAUUGAGAUCAAAAUAUUUUUUUUUUAAUUGUGACAAGAUGUUCUUAUUGGAAAUAUGUUUUAUGUUGAAUCAAAAUAAAUCUUUUGAGACCAAAAUGUUUUUAGUGGAACCAAAUUUUUUUAAACUGAAAUCUGAUUGUUUUUAAUAAACAAAAGAGUUUUUAGUGAGAUAACAAUAUUUUAGUAAACCACAAAAUUUAGUUUAG